UACGUUCAAGUAAACUUGCCGAGUAUGCAACAAGCACGCUUAUGCAAGUUUAUGAGAAUGUGUAGAUAAAACUGCGGUUAUUUUUACUUGCGCAAACGGCUGGAGCAAAUAUGAAAAAUCAUUCAGCGCUCAAGUGAACCAUGUGUGAGACGGCGUGGCAGGUUCAAUUCAGACUAAUCGGAAAUUGGCAUUGCGUAUAAAAGUAAUUAUGUUGAAACAUAUCAAAGAAUUGCCCUUUUUAUAUCCACAAUUGUUCAACUUAAUUUUAAUGUACAUGAAACAAUCACAAAUUUUUGCUUAACGCAAAUAACUUUAGUUAUAUUCAUUUUCUUUAAAAUUCAUUCUUAUAAAACGAUUGCAUCUCAAUCGCUUCUUUUAUUCCUAUUGUUAUAUUUUUAAUUUUUGUUUGGUAAGAGAGCAAUUUCUUUAGUGUAUGUUUCAUAUAAUUACUUUUAAGUUGCACAUACACGUUGCACAAGCAUGCUUGUGCAAGGAACGUUUACACGAUGACAAAAAUACACAGUUAUCGCAAAUAAUACAUAAAUUUCGGUUGAAGAUUGCACAUGUAUAUUUAAAAAGUUUAUUUGACCGUGUGUAACCGGCUUAAAUAGUUAGUACGACUUCUAUACGCCUGUAUCAACGUCACUCUUCGAAGCAGUAUCAUCCAUUUAACUCCCUCCUCAGUGCUAGUAAAACAUUGUAACAGUAAUAUCUAGCUUAUUUGAUAACGCAUCUCGAAACGUGAAACAAGUGAUAGUAGGGCGGGAAGCCGCGAUUGCAGUAAAGUAAAAUAAAAUAUGUCGUUGACGAAGACUUUUAGAGUUGUAAAUAAUAUUAUGCAGAAGAGACCGUUGUUAUUCAAUUCGGUGGUAUACGGUUCCUUUUACACGAGCGCUGAAUUCAUCCGUCAAAGUUUUAGUAAGCAGUCCAAGCCGAUACAACCAAUUGCCGCAGAGCUCGAAGUUUCUUCUAAUGUCAAAGGACCGAUAUUAAUCCAAAUACAAAAACUUUGUGAAAUGUUAGAUCUGGUAGAUAAAAAUACUAAUUCAACGACUUACAACUGGCCGCAAUUAAAAAGAUACGCGAUCUAUGGUUGUCUUUUGGCCGGACCGGUACUACACGGAUGGUACAAAUGGCUCGAUACGUUUUACAGUGGAAAAGCAACGAAGAUUGUGCUAAAGAAACUCUUCGCGGACCAAUUUAUCUUGACACCGCCGUUAAUUAUGUCAUUUUUUAUCAGUAUGAGUUUAAUGGAAGCUAAGUCGGAUCUCCUUCGAGAAUGCAAAAUUAAGUUUGUGCAAACUUUUCAGACUUCAUGCGGAUAUUGGUUGCCGGUACAAUUUGUAAAUUUUCUAUUAAUCCCGCCAUCUUUUCGAGUGAUAUACGUUAGCGUUGCUGCUUUCUGCUGGGUCAAUAUUCUAUGCUAUUUUAAAAAUUUACCUGUUCCUGAACACGAGCAAAAAUAUUGAGAUGCAUAUAUAUCUAUGCAUGUACCUGAAUGAUUAAUUGCUAAAAAGAUAUUAACGAGUGAUAUUUGUAAUUUUUACUUGAUAUUUUGUUCCUGAUAGCAAUGAAACAUUCCAAAAAAUAUCAAAAUAUUUAGUGCGCAAUUAAUUUAAUAUUUAACGCAAAUGCACAAUUAAUUUAAUUAAUAUUUAAUACAUGCGUCUAGAACAUUUCACAAAUCAUAUUGUUCAAUAUUCGUUUCCAAUUAUAAUUUUAUUUAUGAUUUUAUGGGAAUAGCAUGGGAUAGAAAAAAUUCUUUACUUUCGAAGAAAUAAUGAUAAUGAGAGGAGUGAUAGGCCCUCAGAAUUUAUUUUGUAUAUACAGGUUGUGUAUCGUUAUCACUUGUGGCCUUGUAAUGGUAGAAAAUAAAUCAACUAAGUAAAUAAAAAAACGGG